GCCAUAAACUCAUUUCAGUUUGAAUUUAAUCUUUGGAAAGUAUACAAAUACACUUUGAAAUGCUGUCGAAUAGAGGAAUUUAUUUAUUCUUGCUCAUCUUUUCGAUUUCACUUGCUAUCGCAUUGGGUCAUUCUCUAACUCGUCAUAAGCGACAAUUUGAUUUCACUAUCACCGCCGAACAUGAUGAUGAUAAUACAGAGCUUGUUGCAGAAGCUGUAGCCAAAUUAUGGAAGAGUAAAGAUAGAAAUACCCAAGUUGAUGGCACCGCUAGGGUUAUUCAUCGUUCUGGAUCAAUGUCUUCGGGAUCGGAUUAUAGAGUUGGUUUGCAGGUGGUGUUUACAUAGAAAUAAGUACAAGUGCAUUCUGAUAGCGAGAUAAGAUGAAAUAAACUAAGUAAAGCUGAUCGACUUGAAGGCGAAUGGCUCAUUGAAAAUCCCAUGGCAAAAAAAAAUUGUUGAUAAACUUUUAACCUUUUGUUUUGUGUUUGAUUAAUGUGUAACAAAAAAAAAUUAAUAAAAGCUUAAAAUGUGUGUAAAAAUAAUACAAAAAAUUAUUUGUUAAAACUGU